UUACGUUCUGAUCUAAAUUAUUCUAAUCCGCGUUAUCCCUUUCGGUGGAUACUCGAUUUGGAAUUUUCGGUUAGAAGCUGACGAGGUUUCUUUUUUCUCCUCUUUCAUUGGAAGCUUCAUUUCUUCGCCUUAGAAAUCAUAAAUCCCACCUCAACAGCUCUGAUUUCUAGGGUUCCUAUUCACUUUGAGCAACGCAAGGAGAUAUUUGUUGUUUAAACUCGAAUUUUAAGCUCUGGGUUGAUAGAGUCUUGAGAUUUCGGUAGGGAUUCUAUCGGAUCCCCCGAAAUCCAGAUAUUGUUCGGGGAAUUUUGAUCGUCUCUCGGUGAAUUUCUCUUGGUUCUGGAGUUUAGGUAUGCAGAGCCAGCUUGUUUGUAAUGGGUGUAGGAGCCUUCUUCUGUAUCCGAGAGGAGCUUCAAAUGUCCGUUGCGCUAUAUGCAAUGUGAUUACUCAAGCCCCGCCUCCAGGCAUGGAAAUGGCUCAGCUUAUAUGUGUAGGUUGCAGAACAUUGCUAAUGUAUAAUGGUGGAGCAAAUAGUGUGAGAUGUUCAUGCUGCAACAUGAUUAACCUUGCAAGACCAGCAUCUAGCAAUGUUGCCCAUGUGAACUGUGGCCAGUGCCAUACAAUGCUUAUGUAUCCAUAUGGAGCACUAUCAGUCAAAUGUGCAGUCUGUCAAUAUGUUACAAACAUAGGGACGGGUAACAUGAGAGCACCAAUCCAUUUGCGGAGACCGAAUGGUGCCGGCAUGCCCUCAACUUCAACGUUCAUGCCACAUGCCCAUGGCCAAACUGUUGUUGUUGAGAACCCUAUGUCCAUGGAUGAAAGUGGGAAACUGGUGAGCAAUGUUGUUGUUGGAGUUACCACAGAGAAAAGAUAAAUGACGUGGUACAUACAGUGGUAAUUCCUACUGUAAGUAGUUUGUACAAGGAGCUGGAGCUCGAUGUCAAGAAAUUAUUUCCAGUGUUGAGUCUUUACAGAAGAAUGAAUAUUUACAUUAAUAUAUGUAGAGAUAAUGGAAGUGGAAUGAGUGUAAUGCCCUUUACCUGUGACAUUGUGAAAGGUUUGUUUUGUAACAAAUUCAAUCAGACUGUUAAUAUGUACUAAACCAAUUAUUUAUUUCUUCCCUGAGUUUUGUAUCAAAAUCAUAUUGCUGGAUUAA